GAAGGAUAUUAAAAUCACCGGUAUAAAUAAAGUUGAUACAGAGUAUGUUUUGACCAUCAAAAUCAAAUAUCACGUGCUAAUAUGAUAUGAAGGGGAUGGAGAAGUAGUAGCACAUGGAAAAUUAUAUUAUUGGUUUACCGGGAAAAGGUGUUAUUAUCAGUUUCAGAGUGAGGUGGGAAAAAAGAGAGAAAAGCUCUACCCUACAAAUACAAACAACAAACAAUUUCCUACAUUACCAUUUUAUUUACAUAAUAUAAUUACAUGAAAUAAAAUAAAUAAAGAAAAACCACCACACCCAACCCAUUCUUUCUUCUUUUUCUCACAUAUUUUUUUCUUCUUUUUCUCUCUCUUCUCUGAAUGCACAAACUGUUGUUUCACUCCAUUUUAUCUUUCUCGACCGCUCAAAGGGUGGCAGAUCUCCGGCAUUGACCCACUUUUCCGGUUAUAAAGGAAAAAUGGGUUCAACCUGAAGGAGAUUUUGCAGGAGAGCAUAGUUUUGGGGAAGAAAUAAUUUUGGUCAAUUCUCUCCAACAACCCAUCUAACAAACACAAUUUAUUUUUUUAUUUUUUUUUUAUAAAAAAUAAAAAUAAGUGUUUUUUUUUUUUUUUUUUUUAGAAUUUGGGUGAAUUUCCCAAAGAGUUGAAUGAUGGAAAAUUACAAAGGAAAAUCAAUUCCAACUGUAACAGAUUUUGGUAUAGAAGGGUCAUGGAUUCCAUUAACCCCAUUGAAGCCUCAUCUUGGACCGAUCUAUGAAAAUGGUGAAGUUGAGAAUUAUUUGUCAAGAUUUUCUCAACAAAAUGAUCAUGCUCAAACUCUUUUAUCUUAUUCAAUUUCUUCUCAAGAAAUCAAUAAUGGUAGUAGCAGUAUCCCCAAUAGCAGUAGCAAUAACCAUCACCAACAACACCACCUUUGGGAUGAUGGUAGUGGUAGAUUAGUCAAUAAUUUACAGAGUAAUAAUAAUGUAGGAGAAAUGCAGAGAAGGGGUUUAGAGGAUUAUCUGCCUACUUGGAAUAGCCAAGGUAGGAGAACAAAGGUGGCUUAUCCUUCUACAAACCCGACAGUAGCGGCCGCAGCCAUGGCGGCCGCUCAGAGUAGUAAUAACAGUAGUUACCCUUACUUUAGUUCUUGGGAAUCAUCAAUGCAAUGGAGACAAAAUGGAGUCGGAGACAGCGGCUCCUCGUCUGCUGCCGCCGCAGCUAUGGAUCAGUUUGAGAAUAUGUCAUAUACAAGUCUGUUAGCCAGGAAUGAUGCUUCUGGCCUGGGACUGGGAAUGGGAAAUGCAGCAGUUUAUCAACAAGGUUGGGAUUAUAAUCAGCCUCCUGCAGGAAAUAAUACCAACUUAUAUGGCAACCCAGUGUACAACCCGAUUUUUGGAGGAGAAAUGCAAAAUUGUGCUUCUCCUCAGCAGUACCAGAGUGUUUAUGAUGCCAACUCUUCUCAAAUCACAAAGCAGGCAAAUGGAAAUUAUUCCAAUUUUGCUCCUGCAACUCCAGAUUCUCGGUGGAGAAUUGACAAUAAUGUGGCUCCAGGGAACUCACCUUUUGACACUUUUCAAAGACCAAAUGAGCAGAACCGGUUGCCGGAGCAAGUUGAACAAGUUGCUGCUGCAGCGAUGAUCAACCUUCAGACUGUUCAUGAAGAAGUCGCUGUUCCCAAUACAGAAGAAUCAUCACCUGGUAAAGUCUCCAUAACAGAAGAGAAUCACAACCCUGACAAGGGAGGCGACCAAGUUAUUGACCUGAACAAGACGCCAAUGAAGAAAACUCGGCGAAGAAAGUACACACCGAAGGUUGUAAGCGAAAAGAAGCCUAGACAGACUCCGAAACCCAAAACUCCCAAGCCCACUGAUCCCAAGGAGAAUGCACAAGUUAAAAGAAAGUAUGUGCGGAAGAAUAAGGUGAACACACCUUCAGCAACUCCUCUAGAAAGAGAAGCUAAAGCAGGAGAGCAAACACCUGCAGGAGCAACUGAAGCAGGAGAGUUAACACCUACAGGAGAAACCGAAGGAGAUUCAAAACCAUCGGGACUUGUCACCAAGUCCUGCAGAAAAUCCUUAAACUUUGACUUGAAUGGACAAGCAGCAGAAAGUAACUUUCCUCAUAUGUCAAAUGAAUAUUUGUAUUCUGAGCCACAGCCAAACAAGGGUGACAAUGCAGAUACUCUUAGACAGGGAGAAGAAUUGAUGGUGGAAACAUCAAGGGUGUGCAAUGGUUAUGACCUUAACUAUACCCACACUCAGGAACUCAAAAAUCACUUCUCACUUCCCACAAAAGACUACCAAAAUAGUGCACAGCCUGACCUUAUUAUCCUCUCAGGGGGGAAAGAUGAGGCUCGUCACAAUUUGUCAGGGAACAACGAUGAGGUUUCAUCCAGAAAUGAUGCUCGUCUGGCACAAAGUCCCAAUUCAAGCCCUUGUGCAAGUUCCAACGAACAGAAAAAUACAAGAGGAUCAAAGAGGAGAAAUCCCUGCAUGACAGAUGUUGCCACUGGAAGUGUGGAUGCUGCCACUCACUGUGCCUUAUGGCAGCAAAACCGCACAAUUUCUGGAAAUGCUAUAAUUGGAGAACUUCACACCUUUCUCUUUCCCGAAAUUUGCAAGAAAAAGAGAACUGAGAAGGUACAAAGGACACACAUAUCAAGCAUGCCAUGUACUGCUGCUCCAUCUGGAGAUAUCAACCAGGAAGCCGGCACUCAUAAUCAUCCAAGAGUUGAUUCCACUGCAUCAAAGUACUACUGCAACCCUGCUUCUUAUAGAGUAAAUGCAAUGUCUCAUAAUCAUGCCGGGUUACUUAUGGGAAGUGUUGAGAACAGGAUGCAGCUAUUGAAUACUUGGGCUGACAUGGGAAGGUUGAAGAAAAAGAGAUCAAAAGGUAUUACUCGUGUUCGUGAUUUGGCCCCACUGAUGGGACUUUCAUCUGUCUUACCUCCCAAACCAGGACCCAAAGGUCCUCGCAAAAAGAAAAUUGAUGCUUCAGAACAUGGUUACACUGAGGCCCUAGAAGCUGCAAGCACAUCAAACCCAAGAUCAAAGAGGACAUCUAGGAAAUCCAACAAGCAAUGGGACCUCGUCUUGUAUAAUGCUAAUCAGUCUGCCAGAAAAGCAACAGGUUCUAUUCCUGCACUACCAUGGGCAAGAACCAGCUCCAGCUCCAUUGAAGAAAUAACUGAAGGAAUGAAGCUGCUGGAUAUCAACAGAGAAGGUUACAGCACUCCACUUCUAGAACGGAAUGCACUGGUCCCAUAUCGGGCAAAGAAGCAGGCCAAAAAUGCGAGAAAUGCACUAGUUGUUUAUGGGAGAGAUGGGACUAUGGUGCCAUUUGAUGGUCCCUUUGAUCCUGUUAGGAAGAGGUGUCAACGAGCUAAAGUUGACCUUGAUGAUGAGACCACUAAAGUGUGGAGACUUCUUCUCGAAAACAUUGACAAUAAAGGUGUUGAUGGAACUGAUGAGGAUAAAGCAAAAUGGUGGGAAAAUGAACGAAGUGUUUUCCAUGGGCGUGUGGACUCAUUCAUAGCCCGCAUGCGUCUUGUUCAAGGAGAUAGACGCUUCACUCCUUGGAAAGGAUCUGUUCUGGACUCUGUUAUUGGAGUCUUUCUUACUCAGAAUGUAUCAGACCAUCUCUCUAGUUCUGCUUUCAUGGCAAUGGCCGCUCAUUUUCCCCUCAAGUCAGAAGGAAGUGAAAGCAACCUUUCAGAGGAGUCAACAACUGCUUUGGUUGUUGAGCCAGAUGUUUGUAUAAUUGAACCAGAGGAAAGCAUUACUUGGAACAAGAAGACAGUAGAUCAGACAAUUUUGAAUACUAGGAUUAUCCAUGAAAUUGACCAUAGUGAAGAGAAGGUAGUUGUCAAUAGCAAAGAAUUGACUGGAAGAGCUCCUGGUUCAGUUAGCCCGAAGGACUACUCCAGUGAAAGCAGUGAAAAAACCCCCAAUAACUCAAUAGUCGAUAAUGCUAAUAGCCAGACUACAGAGACAGAGACAGCAAGUGCCUUAGGAGAUGAUAGAGCAAAAGAUGAUGCAACUUCAUCACAACACUCAGUAGUGUCAUCCCAGAACUCCAUCAACUCUCCAAAUCUGCAGACUGCUGGAACCAUGAGCAUCUUUUCAGAGAACUAUAUAAAUACACAGCCUCUAAUAACUAGCUCCCAAUCCAAUUAUUUUGAUUGUUCCACCCCAUUUCUGAGUUUACUAAAGAUGGCAGAGAGUCCCUUCCUUAAUGAAUCUUACAGUCAAACCCAACAAGAUCCACUAGAGUGCAUCAAUCAUGUAACAAAAAGUUCUCCAGAAGCACAAGGAAUCUGCUCAAACGACCAGUUGAAUCUGAAUUUUCAAUUACCAGAUGCAGAUAGCAGAUCUCCCGAUACAUCAAGAAAAGAUGAGAACAGCUCACCAACAGAACAAAGCAAUCUGACUACAGAAUCAACAGUGCAACAACUUACACAAGAGAAAAUUUCAGAUAGCAUUCCAAGAUCUUUUCCAGAAAAUAUACGCUCAUUUUAUGUUCUUGAGGGUGAUAAUAUGGUUAUGCAGUCACAAAAUCAGUUGGCAAAGGAACCAUCAGAUAAUGCUUCAUCUGCAAAUGUUCAAACAAGUUCAAAUUGGAAAGGAGCAAACUUGAAAAAUCAAGUAAAUGCUGAUGUUACUGAAAGUACUGCAGAAUUGAAAAGGGCGAACACUGAUAAAAAAUUAGUUGAAAAAAUCUCAGUACAGACAUAUGCAGCAGGUGGAUUGUCAGAGAUAACAAAUGCAAAUUCUAGCAAACCUGGUAAAGGAAAGGCAGGAAAGGUAAAGGCUGAUGCAUUUGACUGGGACAGUUUGCGAAAACAAGCAGAGCCUAAUGGUAUAAAAAAAGAAAGACCAGCAAACACAAGGGACUCUCUAGACUGGGAAGCAGUAAGACAUGCUGAUGUGAAUGAAAUUGCUGAAACCAUUAAGGAGAGGGGCAUGAACAACAUGCUUGCAGAACGGAUAAAGGCUCUAUUGGACAGGCUGGUCAAGGAUCAUGGCAGUACUGACAUGGAAUGGCUGAGAGAUAUUCCCCCAGACAAAGCAAAAGAAUACCUAUUGAGCUUUAGAGGGUUGGGAUUGAAGAGUGUAGAAUGUGUGCGACUUUUGACACUGCACCAUCUUGCUUUCCCCGUUGACACCAACGUUGGACGAAUAGCUGUACGGCUAGGAUGGGUUCCGCUUCAACCCCUACCGGAGUCGCUUCAAUUGCAUCUUUUAGAAAUGUACCCUAUCUUAGAGUCCAUUCAAAAGUACUUGUGGCCACGGCUUUGCAAGCUUGACCAAAAGACUUUGUAUGAAUUGCACUAUCACUUGAUCACUUUUGGAAAGGUAUUUUGCACCAAAAGGCAGCCUAAUUGCAAUGCCUGUCCCUUGAGAGGAGAGUGCAGACAUUUUGCCAGUGCAUUUGCAAGUGCUAGAUUUGCCCUUCCAGGGCCAGAAGAAAGAAGCAUUAUGCCUUCAAGUGGGGGCAGUUCAGCACAUCCAAAUCCACAAGCUAGCACCAAUUUUUUGCCUUUGCCCCCCUCUUAUUCACAAAGCAACUGCAAUAAUGGUGCUCAUCCAAGUGCAGUUUCAUCUUCCCCACUGGCACUACCCUCGCCACAGACAAUCAAUCAACUAGAGAGGCAAUCUGAAAUUAGGAACUGUGAACCGAUAGUUGAAGUACCAGCAUCACCAGAACCAGAACCAGAGCAGGAACAUACAUUAUGUGAUAUUGAAGACUACGAAGAUCCUGAUGAAAUACCUACAAUUAAGCUCAAUAUGAAAGAAUUCUCUCGAACUCUACAAAAUUACAUGGAUGGAAAUUCAAAUGCUUUGGUGGCAUUAACACCUGAAGCUGCUUCAAUUCCAACACCAAAGCUCAAGAAUAUUAGCCGACUGAGAACAGAGCAUCAUGUCUAUGAACUUCCCGACGCACAUCCUCUCUUGAAAGGGUUGGACAAAAGAGAGCCUGACGAUCCAUGUUCAUACCUACUUGCAAUAUGGACUCCAGGUGAGACUGCAAGCUCUAUUGAACCUCCUGAAAGAAAAUGUCAUUCUGAAGAUCCCAGCAUAUUGUGCAAUGAGGAGACAUGUUCUUAUUGCAGCAGUCAGCGGGAAGCAAACUCCAAGACUGUACGGGGUACACUUCUGAUACCAUGCAGAACUGCAAUGAGAGGCAGCUUCCCACUGAAUGGAACAUAUUUCCAAGUGAAUGAGGUAUUUGCUGACCAUGAAUCCAGUCUUAAUCCAAUUCCAGUCCCCAGGACUUGGUUAUGGAACCUUCCAAGACGUACUGUUUAUUUUGGAACAUCAAUUCCAACCAUAUUUAGAGGUCUGACCACUGAAGACAUUCAACAUUGCUUCUGGAGAGGAUUUGUUUGUGUGAGGGGAUUUGAUAAAAAACAAAGGGCACCUCGUCCACUCAUGGCCAGAUUGCAUUUUCCAGCCAGCAGGAUGACUAGAGGGGCAAAAGGUAAGACAUAUGAUGAGUAGGUGACCAUGUACUGACAAUUGAUGUCACAGAAAUGUCAGUGAGGUUAUAGAGGGAAUAGCAUCAUAUGGAAUUAGGAAAUGUAUCAAGAUAAUGACCUUGUACAUCAUUUACAUAGAUUGUAGGCAAUUUAAAUUCAUGCUCGAAUUGAGCAAGUUUUCUGCAGCAGGAGAAUAUAGCACAGAAUUGAGAUCAACAUAUGUGAAUACACUACUUCAUGACAGACACAUUGAGAUAAGAAAGAUGUUCUCAGUGAAAA